GGGAAGGAUAAGUUUGUAAAUUAUUAUUUUUAGUUUCUUCCAUGUUGUUUUUAGUUGAUAAGUGUAAUUAUUAAAGGUUUCAAAUGCAUAAUCAAGGAAUAUUAUGUUUUAUAAUUUUUUAUGUAAUUUUACUUCAUCAUGUUAAGAAUGUUUUACCAGAAGAAUAUGGAGACACUAUAACUAAACAUUUUAAGAAUAGUAAUCAACAGAGCCAAAGCCCGUUCGUGGUGUGCCCGCGGAAUGGCGCCUGUGUACCGAAGGUGCAGUGUCCAGCGCACGUCAGGCCGGGCUCCUAUAACCCCGACUGCUACCUGCCCAAACAAAUUGUCGGGGUCUGCUGCUACACGGGGAGUAGACAUGCAGGUGAAAUGGACUUAAUAAUGCAUAUGAGAGAAGGAAAUUUAAAUGUAGAAGAUCUAAAAGCUGCUAACAAAACAUCUAAACGUAAACUAUCCAAGUGGCUAGAAAAGGCAGACAUUCUUGCGUCGUUAACAGAAACUACAGUUGAUGAGAAUUCGCCAAGUUUUGGACAUCAUUUGUCCCUCGUUAACUAUGACGCUAAAAUACCAGUUCUUGGAAACGGCGCGUUGCAGAAUCUGUAUGCCACAAAGGAAUUAAAAUCUCGUGAAGCUAUUUUAACUGAAGAACUAAACUUGGGUUUGACUCAACACACGAAUAGUCCAUUUUGUCCUGAAGAGCCAGUGUGUUUCGAAGAAAUUAAUAGGUAUAGAACGGUUGAUGGAGUGUGUAACAAUCCAAAAUAUCCAAAAUGGGGAGCAGCCAAUAGUGCGUAUCAGAGGUUGCUGCCACCUGCUUUUCAUGAUGGAACAUGGUCGAUGCGAAGGUCUGUGAAGAACAAACCACUGGCCAGCCCGAGAGUCAUCAGUAGGUUGGUGUUCGACGACAAGUCUCGACACAGCUCCGCUCUCAACCUCAUGUUCAUGCAGUUCGGCCAGUUUAUAGCUCAUGACGUUAGCGCUACGGUCAUGUUUACUAUCGGCAAUGGCAGUUCAAUAUCCUGUUGCACUAAGAACGGCGAAGAGAUGCUCCCAGUGGAAAAGCGGCAUUAUGCCUGUGCGCCUAUAUACGUGGAUCACGCUGAUGACUUCUAUGGGCAGUUUAACCAGCGCUGCCUGAACUUCGUGCGGGCACAGCUCGCCCCUAGCAGUGAUUGUAAAAUCGGUUAUGGAAAUCCGAUGAAUGGCGCAACACAUUUCUUAGAUUUAUCUCAUCUAUACGGUACUACAAUGAAGAAGGUAAUGGAAUUGAGGGGACCGAAAGGAGAGCUUAAAGUAUUCAACGAUUACGGAAGACACAUGCCACCACUCACUCACAGGAAAGAAUGCGUAAAUAUGCAAGAAGAUUCAGUAUGUUUUAAUUCAGGAGAUCACCACGGAAACCAAGUAAUAUCUCUAACAAUAUUACACACGAUAUGGACCAGGGAACACAACAGGAUCGCUCGGGAGCUUCUACGCAUGAAUCCAAAUAUGGAUGAAGACGUGGUGUUCAUGGAAGCCCGAAGAAUAGUACAGGCGGAGUACCAGCACAUCGUUUAUAAUGAGUGGUCACCGCUGUUGUUAGGUCCUUCUAACAUGGAGUUGUUUGAUCUGGAACCAACGCAAAAAGGUUAUGCUAAAGGCUACGACCCUGAGGUAGAUCCAUCCAUCACCACAGAGUUCGGGUCAGCAGCUAUGCGCUUCGGACAUUCGACUGUUGAUGGAAAAAUCAUGGCACUAAGUUACCACAAACGCCAAAUGAUCGAAGCGGUUCGUCUGCCAGAGGUCAUGUUCCAACCAAACAGACUGCGGAUCAAGAACUAUUUAGACAGCAUGUUGGUUGGGCUGACCUGGCAACCGAUGCAGGAGGCUGACGUGUUUAUUGAUGACGCUCUAACAAAAUACCUAUUCCAUGGCGUCAAGCCAUUUGGACUGGACCUAGCUGCGAUCAACAUACAGCGCAGUCGAGACUUCGGCAUCCGUCCGUAUAAUGAUUACCGACGCCUCGUUGGUCUUCAGCCGAUAUUGGACUUCGGUGAUCAUCAUGAAGAGGAUUCCUACAUGGGGUACGAUGAUCCCGACGACGUGGACCUAUUUGUGGGUGGUCUCUCGGAACCCCGAAUAAGUGGUGGGGUGGUGGGUCCGACCUUCGCCGCCAUCAUCGCUGACCAGUUCUCCAGGCUGAAGAAGGGUGACAGAUACUACUACGAGUACGGUCCCUCUGUUAAUCCAGGAGCUUUUACCCUUAGCCAGCUGCACGAGAUCCGGAAGGUGACCCUCGCGCGUGUGCUGUGCGACAACAGCGACGGCCUGGAGUUCGUGCACCAGGCGCUCUACAGCUUCCUCAGAACUGAUCACUCAGGAAAUCCCUCGAUUCACUGCAGAGGCGACAGAAAUUUACCUGAAAUGGACUUGUCUAAGUUCAUCACACAACCCAGAGAUACUGUAUAGACUUAUAGCUUAAAUACAACCAAACGGAAAAUUGUCUACAAAAUAUUAUUUUGAUUUUUCUACUAUGGGGUGAGGGAGUUAAUAUAUUUUGUUUUUUAAAGGUAAUUUUAUGAUAGAAUUCAUUAGCAAAUUUUCUUUCACCCUUCCUUGUCUGAAUAAGUGACACCAAUUUUCAGCGUGUAACACUUUUUAAUUUUAUUGUAAGAGUGAGUCAUUUUUAAGUCAUUCCACCUGUUACAAUAAAAUUAUUUAGUGUUAUUUAUUAUGUUACAAAAAUUUAUAUACGUAAUACGAUUUUCUUUGCUUUUAGUCUUAUCUUUUUUUUCUUUUCUUCAUUUGCAAAUGAAUUUUAUUAUAUUCUAGUGCGUUUUGGACUCGGUUCAAUGAUUUUUUCGUUAAUAAAAAAUCCAGGAGUCGAGAGUGUACUGUUUGAACGUCAAAGUA